AACCGGGAGGCUGGAAAAUGGAGGUUAAAGGGCGGACGGAAGUUCCUUAAACUUCCGGUGGCCGGCUGGUGUCGGAGUUAUGGCCAAACAUCAUCCGGAUUUGAUCUUUUGCCGCAAGCAGGCUGGUGUUGCUAUCGGAAGACUGUGUGAGAAAUGUGAUGGCAAGUGUGUGAUCUGUGACUCCUACGUGCGUCCCUGCACUCUGGUGCGCAUAUGUGAUGAGUGUAAUUAUGGCUCUUACCAAGGGCGCUGUGUGAUCUGUGGAGGCCCUGGAGUUUCUGAUGCCUAUUACUGUAAGGAGUGCACCAUCCAAGAGAAGGAUAGAGAUGGCUGCCCAAAGAUUGUCAAUUUGGGGAGCUCUAAGACAGAUCUCUUCUAUGAACGCAAAAAAUACGGCUUCAAGAAGAGGUGAUCGGUGGGUGGCCUUUUCCUCCCACCAAGCUGCUGCAGCUGCCAGAAAAGACACCUACUACCACCAGCAGAGAGUGAGCGGAGCACAGAGCACCACCCGAGUGCCUGUUAGUACACUGGUACCUCUCCACCUCUCCUCUUACCCAGACACGUGGGAACAGGAAAGAAAUCUUCACAGAGCACUCUGGCAGACGAUAGCAGAGAAAAAUUGAUAGAUUGGUCCGUGAUUUUUCUUGAACUCGAGAAACAAGCCUCUGGUUUCCAAAUUGAUAUCUUGUCUCUACACCAAGAGCUUCUGAAACAGGAAUCGCAUCAUUUCAGUCUUUUGUUUGAGGAAUUGCCCACGAAGCUAGCGCAGUGAGGAGCCUGUUCUGGGCAGCAGCUCUCAUGGCAGCUGCCGUUGAUGAGGCAUCUGCAGUGUGGUGGGGAGCUCUCACCACAAUCAGUGUGGGCAUUUAAUCUUGUAACGCUUAGCAGGUGGUGCCUGUUCAUGUUAUUCUUCUAAGAACUUGGAAACCCUUUCUGUUGCUGUUGUAUUAAUAAAACAGGUGUUUCUUUUCUGGUA